CCCGGAGAAGUCCAGUCGCACAGAGCAGCGCCACAGCUCUUGUGAACUGUGGGCAUCGACACCUCUCAGACUUGCUUCUCUGGCCCCAAACACUCUGCCAGCAUUUCCUGCUCCACGAAUGGCUACUCAGAGGAAGCACUUGGUGAAAGAUUUCAAUCCUCAUAUCACCUGCUAUAUCUGUAAAGGCUAUCUCAUCAAGCCAACUACAGUAACGGAGUGCCUCCACACCUUUUGUAAGACUUGUAUCGUUCAACACUUUGAAGACAGCAAUGACUGUCCCAGAUGUGGCAACCAAGUGCAUGAGACCAAUCCACUAGAAAUGUUAAGGCUGGAUAACACGUUAGAGGAAAUUAUAUUUAAGUUGGUGCCUGGACUUCGAGAACAGGAACUGCAGCGAGAGAUUGAAUUUUGGAAGAAAAACAAACCUCAAGAAAAUGGACAAGAUGAAAGUCCAAAAACUGAUAAACCCAAAGUAGAUGAGGAGUGUGAUGAAAAUGAAGAAGAUAAAGACUAUCACAGGAGUGACCCACAGAUUGCAAUCUGCCUCGACUGUUUACGCAACAAUGGGCAGUCAGGAGAUAAUGUUGUCAAAGGCUUAAUGAAGAAAUUUAUCCGCUGUUCUACUCGAGUGACCGUGGGAACUAUCAAAAAGUUUCUCAGCUUAAAAUUAAAACUUCCAAGUUCCUAUGAGCUGGAUGUACUAUGCAACGGAGAAAUCAUGGGGAAGGAUCAUACUAUGGAAUUCAUCUAUAUGACAAGAUGGAGGCUAAGAGGCGAAAACUUUCGGUGUCAGAACUGCUCAUCUUCGCAAGUCUGCUCACAGGAUGGCACUUUCUAUCAGUCCUACCCUAUGGUACUUCAGUAUCGACCUAGAAUUGACUUCGGUUAG